ACUUUUUUUUUUUUUUUUUUUUACAGUCAAUGUAAAGGUUAAUCGGGGGGUGAUUUCCAGUGGACGUAUCUGUGCUUCAUUUGUCUUUGUAUACAGUGCAUGUGGUUAGUGGAGCCUCUCAGUUGAACCUGUUGCCAUGCCAAAGGCCUGCAAAACAUCUGUCUUUAAAAAAAGUGAUUAAUUUUAAAUGAAUUUCAUCUGCAUUGAUGUCAUCAAAGUCAAAAAUGCAUCCAUCAGUAUUUUCAGUUACAUGCAGUGGAUGGCGCUGUCACUCUGCUGAACGUCUGAGGGAAACAGCUAGAGCAUGUCACAUCUUGGGAAAUCAUCGGCUAAACACAUGGGCGGACGGCAAAGAAGGAGAGUUUACUAUACUAGUUUGAAUAGUUUCUUUGGAUGUUUUGACUCUCUUUUCACCAGUGUUACUGAACAGAAUCCAUGCUGACCACGGCUGACCCUGGAGAAGAGAACUUUACAGCAGCAUUUCAAGGUCUCUGGAAGACCUGUCUCACUCCAGAGCUCCCCUGAUGUUUGUCCUCAUGCAAACUGAGCAGAGAUCCAGGCAGACAGUCAUUUCUAUGAGCCCAGACUGUUUUCGAUAACACCUGGAGUCCAGGCACAGAGAGGAAAAAAAACUAAUCCUUUCAAGGAGUUCAGGAAAUCCACUUCAGUUUCAGGAUGGAUAGACCAUACCUGACCCAAAUGACGCUUUACCUUGGCUUUUGCUGUGCUGCUGCUAAAGAGUUGCUGCCGAGCCCCAGUCAGCCCCGCUGUGUCUUCAUUGCAUAUGAUAAAGUGACAUGCUACUGGACCCCUGGGAGGAACUCCCCUGCUAACACUGUCUACACACUACAGGCUAAUGUGACAAAGUUUGGACCGACUUGUGACUCUUUCGGCAAACAUGCAUUCAACUGCACCGGGAUCAAUCAGACACAGUGCUCCGGCCCCAUGAGCAGUCCUGAUCGGUUGUACUCUUUCAGAGUUGUUGCCCAUAGCACGACAGCAACAGCCAGCUCACCCAUCCUUUGUAUCAAAGCUUUAGAUGCUGUGAAGCUGCGCAGGCCAGUCCUGUCUGACCUGAGACCAGUUGGAGAUAAACCCAGGUGUCUGGAGCUGCAGUGGCAUAAACCUGUAAAAUUUGCACUAACCAAUGAAAAGAUCUGCACUGGCUUUGUAAACUACCAACUACAAUACAGCAUAGAUGAUCAGCCCAAGGCCGAGACAGUGGAGGGUCAUCUAGGCGAGGACCUUCAGCCCAUGGUGUGUAAAGACACUCUGAGGACAAACCAGACAGUUCGUCUCAGAGGCCCAUGUUCCCUUAGUCCAUUUACUCAACACGCAGUUCGACUUCGCUUCCGCUACCUCAGUCACGUGGAGUGAGUGGAGCAACACACUACAGAGCUGCACAGGCAUUGCAGCCCCUAUCGCUGCACCACUACUGUGGAGAACAAUAAAACCUACAGAUGAUACUCAGCAGAGACAAGUGACUCUCUUGUGGAAGUCUCCCUCAAAGAGUCAGACAGCCUGCAUCAGCCUGUGGUUUAAUGUGCACUGUCAGUCAGAGGGAUAUCGCCGCUCACCGCGUAUGGAAAAGUGCACAACAAUAACAGGCACUUCCUGUCAGCUGACCCUGUCCAUGGAGCGCUCCUCCUGCUUUCUGGCCAUGUGUAACUCUGCUGGAUGCUCCCCUUCAGCGCAGCUCACCCUCCCAGCACCCACAGACAUUCCACUCAGGGCUAUGAAAGCAGUCAGUGUACAAGUGUUAAAUGAGUCCAGUCUGGAGGUUUCAUGGUCACUACUCACACAUUCCUCACUCACUGGCUUCCUCUUGGAGUGGGAGUAUGUGACAGAAGCUGAUGGUCAUCAUCUACACUGGGAGAGACUGAGCUAUAACACCAGUAACAUGAUCAUCACUGGUUUGUUGUCAGAGGUGCGAUAUGUUGUGACUGUAAGGCCUGAGUGUGGCAGUGAGCACGGUGAAGCAGUUUCAACACAGACUUACACCAGACAAGGGGUGCCCUCUACUGGCCCCAUACUGCAGGUGAAGGAGCAGAGCGACAGCGCAGUUCUCCUGAAGUGGACACCUUUGCCUGUGGAGGAGCAGCAUGGCUUCAUCACCCACUACAGCCUCUACUGUCAGAGGGAGAACAACACAACAUAUGAAGUGCAACCAGUGCCAGGUGAGAAGCUGCAGUACCGCCUGACUGGCCUGUCUGGAGUCUAUCAGAUCUUUAUGACAGCUCACACGGUGGCAGGAGAGGGACGAGCCAGUCCACCUCUGUGGGUCACCAUAGGGAACAAAUAUUCAGAGAGGACCAUCCUGGUUUGUGUCUUUUCUCCUUUGAUCACUGUGGUACUGCUUGUGACUAUGACUGCAUGUGGGCAAAGGAUAAAACAAAACAUCUGGCCUCCAGUUCCUGACCCUGCUCUCAGCAGUCUGACUGCCUGGAUCUCCGACUCUGAACACACAACGAAAAAGUUCUGCUCUGAUGAAGUGAUGCACAUGUCGACUUGCAAACUAACUAAUGCACUGUAUGAUGCAGAGAACCGAUAGAGCACAAUAUCUUUCUGAAUAAAAUGUAUUUAAAAAUAAUAGUAAAUACACUGUGUGAAGUUGCAUAGCUGAAGAAAGGCUUGAUGAAUCUUCCUCUUUUUGUGUGUUACUGGAUUUAUGACCUUUAAGCAAAGCACUUGUGUCCACAAUUCAUUUUUCCUUUAAGUGCGGUAAUGCAUGUUGAGUGGAUCAUGCUGCCUCAUGCACCCUCAGUAACUACCCUUCACAAACCAGAGACCACUCCAGUCUGUGAGCUUAUCUGGUCCUUUCUGAUUGCUUCUAAUGACCAGAAGGGGGCAGAGAAAUCUCAGUUUUAAAAGAAUUCCUUGUACAGUUUCCCCAAAGUCUCCAUGCUGUUCAUUUUUAUAACUAGAUGUUCUAAUAUAUGUUACUGUUGUUGUAAAUGUGCACAAAGUUAAUUAAAGCUUAAAACAGA